UCUCUUUCCUCUCAGAACCUGACUACACAUAGAUCGUUUUAGAUCUUUUCUCUGUCUCUCUCUGUCGUCUUCUUCGCUUCCCAUUCUUUUGAUUUAUGGACAUAAGAGGAGGACUCUCCAGUGAUUCUGAUCCGCCAAUUGGUUUUUUCAUCACCAAACCCACCGCCAUCAACCCUUUCCUCAAGCCCAAGUGGAGCAACAAGUCCGACUACUCCAUGGACACUCCCAAUAACAACCGUUUCUCCGGUAUUGAAUUCCCCGUCAACCUUAAUUCUAGGGAUGAUCAGGUGUCUCCGGCCAAUAACCGUGUUGCCGUCGACGAGAUGGACUUCUUUUCCGAUAAGGCAUCCACCGUCGAUGUCAAGAAGGAAAAUUCUCAUUCUCAUGGUGGCGCCGCCCCACGCUUCGAUUUAGGUGUAAAUACUGGUCUACACCUUCUCACUGCAAACACCGGCAGUGAUCAAUCCACGGUCGAUGACGGCGUUUCUCCUAAUGCAGAAGAUAAACGAGCAAAGAGCGAGAUGGCCGCCUUACAAGCUGAGCUUGAUCGGAUGAACGAAGAGAACCAACGUCUGCGAGGGAUGCUCAAUCAAGUCAGCAAUAACUACAAUUCCCUUCAGAUGCAUCUUGUCACACUUAUGCAACAACAGCAGAAUCGCAAACCAGAAACCACUCAAGAACACGAGAUGUUAGAUGGAAAACUGGAAGAGAAGAAACAUGAGAGCGGCACUGGAGGAGGAUUUAUGGUGCCAAGACAAUUCAUGGAUUUGGGGCCAGCGGCCGCGGCAGAGACCGAUGAGCCUUCUCAGUCUUCGUCUGAAGGUCACAGCGGAGACCGUUCUGGGUCUCCUCACCACAGUUUUGAUGUGAAGAAUAGCAGUAACAGUGAUAUCGUUCCAUUUGAACAACAAGACAAGAGUGAGGGAAGGAGGAGUAUCGGUAGGGAAGAGAGCCCAGAUGAGGCAUCGCAGGGAUGGGUACCCAACAAGGUACCCAAACUGAAUCCGGCUUCCAAGAACGUCGAUCAGUCUGCAGAAGCUGCCACCAUGAGGAAAGUCCGAGUCUCAGUUCGUGCACGAUCUGAAGCACCGAUGAUCACCGAUGGAUGUCAAUGGCGAAAGUAUGGACAGAAGAUGGCGAAAGGGAACCCAUGCCCUCGUGCUUAUUAUCGCUGUACCAUGGCUGCCGGUUGUCCUGUUCGCAAGCAGGUUCAGAGAUGUGCAGAAGAUCGAACGAUUCUCAUAACAACUUAUGAGGGAACCCACAACCACCCACUCCCUCCAGCAGCGAUGGCAAUGGCAUCGACCACAUCGGCAGCAGCUUCUAUGCUGCUGUCAGGUUCGAUGUCGAGCACCGAUGGGCUAAUGAACUCGAAUUUCCUUUCGAGGACACUUCUGCCAAGCACUUCUAGCAUGGCCACCAUCUCAGCCUCAGCACCUUUCCCAACUGUGACAUUGGACCUAACCCACUCUCCCAAUCCAUUACAGUUCCAAAGGCCACCGACACAGUUCCAUGUUCCCUUCCCUGGUGGCCCUGCAGCAGCGGCUCAGAAUUUUGGUGCUGCACCGCCACCUCAACUAGCUCAAGUCUUUGGCCAAAACCUCUACACCAACCAGUCAAAAUUCUCUGGUCUUCAAAUCUCUCAGAAUGGAGACCAUCCCCAAUUCACCCAACAGCAUCACACUCCACAACCACCCCAGCAAGCGGCGCCACCCUCAUUGGCUGACACGGUGAGUGCUGCCACUGCCGCCAUCACCGCCGAUCCCAGUUUCACGGCAGCUCUAGCAGCAGCCAUCAGUUCUAUUAUCGGCGGUGCACAUCAGCACAAUAACAUCAACAACAAUGACAACAGUAACAGUAAUAACACCGCCAGCAACAACAAUGGAAACACCGCUACCGCCAAUGGCAACAGCAAUAGCAAUAAAAUCACCAAUUCGAAUUUUGCAGCGAAUUAGUGUUUUUUGUUUUUUUAAUUUUAUUUUUCUUAACCCGUUGGUUCAUAUGGGUUCCUUCAUUUUUAUUCAUUUGAAAG